UGGGCAGCACCCGGGGCGUCCUCAUCGAGCCCGUGUACCCCGACAUCAUCCGCAUGAUCUCAGUGAACAUCUUCCGGACCCUGCCGCCCAGCGAGAACCCCGAGUUCGACCCCGAAGAGGACGAGCCCAACCUGGAGCCUUCGUGGCCGCAUCUGCAGCUGGUGUAUGAGUUUUUCCUGCGUUUCCUGGAGAGCCCCGACUUCCAGCCCUCCGUGGCCAAGAGAUACGUGGAUCAAAAGUUUGUCCUGAUGCUGCUGGAGCUCUUUGACAGCGAGGACCCUCGCGAGCGUGAGUACCUCAAGACCAUCCUGCACCGGGUCUACGGCAAGUUCCUGGGGCUCCGGGCCUACAUCCGCAAGCAGUGCAACCACAUUUUCCUCCGGUUCAUUUAUGAGUUCGAGCACUUCAAUGGCGUGGCAGAGUUGCUGGAGAUCUUAGGAAGCAUCAUCAACGGCUUCGCGCUGCCCCUGAAGACCGAGCACAAGCAGUUCCUGGUUCGAGUCCUGAUUCCCCUGCACUCCGUCAAAUCCCUGUCCGUCUUUCACGCCCAGCUGGCCUACUGCGUCGUGCAGUUCCUGGAGAAGGACGCCACGCUGACAGAGCACGUGAUCCGCGGGCUGCUCAAAUAUUGGCCAAAAACCUGCACCCAGAAGGAGGUCAUGUUCCUGGGGGAGGUGGAGGAGAUCCUGGACGUCAUCGAGCCCUCCCAGUUUGUGAAGAUCCAGGAGCCCCUGUUCAAGCAGGUGGCUCGCUGUGUCUCCAGCCCCCAUUUCCAGGUUGCAGAGCGGGCUCUGUAUUUCUGGAACAACGAGUAUAUCCUGAGCCUCAUUGAGGACAACUGCCACACUGUGCUGCCUGCUGUCUUCGGGACCCUCUACCAAGUCUCCAAGGAGCACUGGAAUCAAACCAUCGUGUCUCUCAUCUACAACGUGCUCAAGACCUUCAUGGAGAUGAACGGGAAGCUGUUUGAUGAGCUCACGGCCUCCUACAAGCUGGAAAAGCAGCAGGAGCAGCAGAAGGCCCGGGAGCGUCAGGAGCUGUGGCAAGGUCUGGAGGAGCUGCGGCUGCGCCGGCUACAGGGGACCCAGGGGACCCAGGGGGCCAGGGAGGCCCCCCUGCAGCGGUUCGUACCCCAGGUGGCUGCCACUGGAGGCCAGAGCUAGAGAGCCCUCCGGCAGGGACGACACCCGGAGCGGCAGACCCUCCCUCCCUCCUCCUGCCUGGGCCGCAGGGAGCCAGGGAGGAGGGGGCGGCCUUGGCAGCUGAACUCCAGGCCCUGGAGGCAGGACUUGACUGGGCGAGUGACCGGGAAGCUGCUGGAGGCCACGCCGGGCUCCGGAUGGCAGGCAGCCCCCGCCUGCUCCCGGCCCCGGACAGGGCCCUCCACACCUCGCCUGCCCGUCUCGCGCCCGCCGUGGGCUCCAUGUCUAUUUAUUCUCGCCCGCUCCCCCUCAGCACAGACGCCGUCCUGGGCCUGAGCGUCUCCCCCACCUUCGCCCUCGGCUUCCUGUCCCCUUUUUAUUUAUUCCGCAGGGGGAGGGGUGAGGGCACAGUGCCCUGGGUAAGAGGGGUCGCAGCAGUCCUGGUCUUCCCCCUCCCCUGGCUGGGG